AUGGGAUCUUGUAUGAUAGUUUGCUUUGACUUGAGUUCUGAGAAGUUAGACGUUAUUGAGCUGCCUUACGAAAUGUUACAUGAAGGAUUGAGACGUGGGACGACUCUGAUCAACUACAAAGGUAACUUAGGGAUAUUGGUAAUACAUGGGCAUGAAGUUGUGUUGUGGGUUCUUGAAGAUGCUGGAAAACAUAAAUGGUCCAAAAGGAUAAGCGCAACGUUAAGCUCAUUAUACGAUGAGAUCGGGAACAAUCCUUACAUUGUUGGAAUGACUAGUGCAGGUGAAUUUGUGUUAUCGUCGUGCUAUCAAUCAAUCCCUUUCCGCAUUGUCUACUACAAUAUCGAGAGGAUGACAUUAACAAGAGUCAAUAUUCAGGGACUGGAAGAGAUUAAGGAUGAUCCGAAUCCCACUCCUCGCAUCUUUCUAGACUAUGUUGAGAAUAUGAAGCUUUUGUAA